AUGCCCCUGCUAUCGAUUCCACGUAAUCCCCUCAAAAACUCUGCCCCUCUUGUCCCACCACCUGCGAAGCCGCCAGAAGUUAACAGGCUUGAUCACCUAAUUCGUCUUCAAAACGGGUCAACAUCAGUACUUGAAUUUUCUUCACAAAGGAUUCAACUCGCAAAGCACAGUCAAUUCCCAAACCUCUAUGCUAGGGUCGAAGAGCUCACCAAGGAUCUGGGUCAUUUGCGUCAAGAGGUCCAGUUCUACCGCCAGAGCUUUGAGAACCUACAAAGGCUCCGUGAAACAGGCUAUGAUGUCUAUCAGCAGCUUUUCCUGGUGCUUUACCUUGAUCACAACUCUGACCGCUUGCAUGAAAUUAUGAUUCAACUUCACCAGGGCCUACAGGAUUCGGUGCGGCGUGAGGUGAAGGCAGAGAAGGCCUGGAUGGAAUUUUGGGGGAUAGAAUAUAAUGAAAAGGAAUUCGAAGGGGAGUUGUUGAUCUAA